GUGAUAAUGGAAUGUUUACUACUUUGUCAAGCUGUUCUUUUUUACGAAUGAUUCUCGCCGACUCCCGUCCACUCUUUUAUCUGCUAAGAGGUUCAACCAAUCUUAAUGCUCUCUCUCAUAUAAUUUUUACACUUUAAUUGCACAAAAAUCUUUCCAUAUGUCUCUGUAUAAUUCUUUAAUAUUCGUGAAAGACAAUGCAGAUUUCAAAUUGGUGGAAAUGAUGAUAGUGUUCGUGUACGACACAGCAAGGUGUCGCAGAGAGGAAGAUGACCCUGCCGAGGCUGUUAUUUAUUUUCAUCCUGCUUGGGUAUCACCUACCCAAAGGCUCGCACUCGCCGGUCAAUUGAUGGGUGUCACACAGUUUCUUACUACAUCUUUCUCACCUCCACGAGUAAUUUCUCUACAAGGUGGCAAAUUUGUUUUAAAAAAAUUGGGACAGUAUAUACUAGCAGUCGGAACUGACCGAAAUAUUCAGGAUUGGGUAGUCCAGAGACGAGCUGACACUUUGGAAUCGACACUGAAAUUUUAUCAUCGUGAUCUUGAAACUAUUUCGACAUCACUUGGUGGGGACAGGAACAGACUGACUGAGAAAUUAUAUCAAAUGUUUGAAACUUAUCUUCCUAUACUGCAAUACGGUGCCAACUUAUUCACCAAUCUUCCCACCAUCAAGUUUCCUAAGAGUGCAAGCAAUGUUUUUUUAGAAGCUAUACAAGUGCUACAAUAUUGCCAAGAAACAAGUGGUAUUUUAGGCGGUGCCUUGUUCUACAAUAAUAAGGUUGUGGCUACUCAGCUGAAUCCGGAAUUGACCAAACAAUUAAUCGUAACUGAUCCGUAUCGUAUAAAGGCCCCUGCAGAAACUGUAGGAACAGGGUUUGAUCUGCCAGUCGGAGUUCAACUCCUCCGAGUCUACGUUGAACGCAAACAAGUAAUCAAAUUGAAACAAGAUGCAGCUGCCGAACGUGUCUAUAAUUCGUAUCUUGACCCUACCAUGAAAAAAACAAUGUUGAAAAAGAACUUAUCGAAGAAUAACAUAAAGGAUUCUUGCACCUCGGGUAUGAAACGCGAUACGUCACGGAUAUUCACAGUACCAGAAGAAGGAGAAUUGGACUCGAUGCAGUACGAUAGCGGUGCAUCUUUCUACCCCUCGCUACCUCCCACAACAUAUAGCUCACCAGCAAAACGGAAGCAAGAUGUUACAACAGAUCGCUCCAAGACUGUAAACCCGUUGACCCCUAGCGUUUGUUCUACACCUUUGAAGGACGUUAACAGAAUGCUUCAUGAAACCGCAGUAUUGAUUUGCAGCGGUGCGGAUGACUGUGAGAGCAAAGCUAUGCCUGAAAAGCAAGUUGUUGAAGUAGAAAAUAUCAGUGACAUCCCAGACCUUGUCAAGGAAGCACUAAGGUGCAAAAGGGCAAACAAACUAAGGAAUGCACCUCCGAUCGAGAAGCUGGAUAAACUUAGAUUUCCUGCUAAAAUAAGUCUUAGUUUGCCAGACCUGACUAAAACGUUACACAAACAUACGAAUAGAGUAUCUCUUAGGUACUACAGUAUAGGAUUACCAAGCUUGAAUAACAAUCUUUGCUCUGACUACUACGAGGAUUCACCUCGAAAAAAACUUCCACCGGGGAAACAGUUUUACCAUACAAUUACAGACCCAUGCUUCCCAAUAUUCAGGACCGAUGGUUUACCAGUUUCCAAAGCUUUGUACGAUUACAAUGUUGCUACACAUUACCAGGAACUCAAGUCUGGUGCAGCCAAUGUAAAGUUGGCUACACAUACAGAUUUUUUACAAAAGUUUCCAUUGGUGGAAAAUCAUAAGGCAGCUAUGAUAGAAGGAUUCGAUUGUCAAGUUCUGUCCGUUUCUGAGAAUACCGCUGUUUCCAAUGCUGACGUAACAACAGAGAAAAAAACGAAACAAGAAAUUUACCGUCGAUCUAUGAGUCUACCUCUUAAAUCCUUAAAUGCUCCAGACGAAGAGGGUAGGGAAAAAUCGGCCUCGGAAUGCGGUAGCAUUUUCGAUUUACCUCAACGAAAAAAACUUGACGGGUUACAGUUAACGCCGUUAAUGUCAAAGCUUAGUUUACUAGCCGACGAACGUACGAGUGGGUUUUGCAGUAGAGAAACUACACCAAGUGAAUUUCGUGACUUAUCAAGUUUCUCUACAACGACAAACCAGUUGCUCAGGAGCAAACUGGAUGCAGCAAGCAAAGACGUGAGUGACGAGGAAGAGGACCUAGAUCAAGACUGGAUUUAUUCCAAGACGGAGGAAAGUUCCUUGGAAAAACUUGAACUUUUUAUUUAUGGCCAGCAAAACAUGGUCCUAGUAUUGUUAAUGGAAGAAAAUGUUGGCAACAAUUGCGACCUCAUACAUUCCCUAUGGGAUACUUGUGUUCAAGUUCUUGCGAAACUAGAGUCUAAACUUCAACGAUGUCUAGAACCUCUACCACCCAGUGACAGCAGAGAAUUGUACAGCGUCCUCAGCGUAGAUCCACAAUGGGAUACAGUCCACCGUGCUGGUCUCUGGGGUGUUACAGAAACAGAAAUCAUCUCAUUUCUUCACGACAGAUUCAGUAAAGCUAGUAACAUGACAGACAUUGUAGUGAGAACGGAAGACACGGUCGUAUAUGGAUACCAGUGCGGAAAGCUGCAAGUUUUUUAUCAGCAGGCUAUGGCGCCCAACAUGAAUGGCGGACUACCUACACCAGCGGAUCUAAUGGGUGUUGUUCCUCUCAAGGCUAAGCGAAGAUUGGAGAGAGAUCAUGGCAUAAUUUUGUUGUAAAUUUAAUAAGCUAUUUUUGUUUCAUUUUGGUUUCGUCUUGCAAAGAAAGGAAAAACAUAAGAAGAAACACCAAAAUACAACAAAGAAAACUAACAAUAU